AUGUUGGCAAAGAGUGUGAUCCUCGGGCUGAUGAGCCUUUCGGUCAUCGCCGAAGCCUCGGUCGUUCGGGGCCCCUUCAACGACAUCCUUCACCGACGAGCCACCCGAACAAUCCAGCCUCGUCAGUUCCGUGGUGGAAACGGCGGCAACAACGGUGGCAACAAUGGCCAGAACGGAGGCAACAACAACAAUAACAACGGCCAGAAUGGAGGCAACAACAACAACAAUAACAACAACAACAACGGCGGCAACAAAUGUUUGCAGGCAAACGCCAUUCAGACCGGAAGCGCACAGGAUGGCCAGGCCAAUGCCGAUGCUGGGCAGUCACCGUCUAAAACUGACAAUGCCAACUUCAUCAACUUCUGCUCGGGCCAGACAUUGACCAAUGGUCUGCAAGUAAAAGGAGGAUCCUGCAACGGUAUCCCUAUGGGAAAGAUGCCUGCUUCGAACAACAUGAUCUCUGCUGUAUUUGUUAACCCGAAGAACGGAGACAACAUCGCCGCGAACCAGGAUUUCAAGAUCCAGGUCCAAAUUGACAAUCUGGCUGCUGGAACGUUCACUAACCCCGACAACACUUACUACGCUGCUCCUCAGGACUUGGACGGCCAAGGAAAUGUUAUUGGUCACACUCACGUCUCCGUCCAGGACACUGGUAACAGCUUGAACCCGACCAAGGCCCUUGACGCCUCCCAAUUUGCCUUCUUCAAGGGAAUCAACGAUGCUGGCAACGGCAACGGUCUGCUAGCGGCUGAUGUCACUGGCGGACUUCCCGCUGGAAACUACCGUGUUUGUUCCAUGACUGGUGCUGCCAACCACCAGCCCGUCCUCAUGCCCGUUGCCCAACGUGGUCCUCAGGAUGAUUGCGUCCGUUUCACUGUUGGCGGCAAUGGUGGCAACAACAACGGCGGCAACAACAACAACAAUGGAGGCAACGCCAACAAUGGCCAAAACAAUGGCCAGAACGCUGGCCAGAAUGCUGGCCAGAAUGCCGGCAACAAUGGCCAAAACGGUGGCGGAAAUGCGGGGUCGUCAAAGGCAGUAGCUGGCGUCGCCGCGCCCGCGGUCACGAAUUCGGGUGAUUCCAGCCGUCCAUUUGCGGUCAACGGCAAUACCUUCGUUAAUGAGUCGGCCGCAAAGCAGCGAGCCUGCGACAUUCAGAACAAUGGCUGCUCGGACGCUGUGAAUGGCGGCAAAGGCAAUGGUGCCACCAUUGCGGACUGCCAAGCUCAGCAACAAGCCUGCAUUGCAGCAGCAUAA